CUAUCUGUCGUCAAUAGUUGCGAGUUACUUUUUCUCGAUUAUUUUAUCAGGAAUAAAUUAUGUGAAACUUCCUGUGUUACUGUGAUAUCCAUUGUGUCUUUAACUGCAAUUUUUUCCAAAGCUUCCUAUUUCUGUAUUUGUGUCUAAUGAAUAGGAAAUAUGAAAGUGAAAUAUGAAUGAUGAUAUCUUGUUUGUGUACAAAUUUAAUGAAAUUUCAUUGUUACGAAAUUCUUAGCAUUUGUCACAGGUGAUUAAAACGUAUAUGCUGAGAAAAAAUCAGCUGUGCAGUUUUGGAAUUAAACCUUUAGAUUUUGUUGAAGAUGUAGCUAGUGACCAUGAAUUGGAAUCACCCAGCUGCGUUGCCGAGUUUGAAGAGGAGGAAGAAAAUAUGGAUGAUAGUCUUUCUGAAGAUGCUGCUGCAUUUGAUGACAAUGCGUUCGAUGAUGAUGAUGAUGACCAGUUUGAUGAUAUUCAAAGUGCAAACGACAGUGGAGUUCUCAAAAGGAAGUCGGAAGCAUUCAAUGACAGCAGUUUUGGAAAAAAAUUAUGCAAGUCCGAAUAUAUAGAUAGUGAAGAUGACUCCAAUAGCCAAAAUGAGUUGGAGAUGUUUAUGCCAGAGCCGACUGACUGUCAGCCACCUAUAACAAGAAAAAUAAAGCCUGUUACAGCACCUACUCCACCAGAUUUAGAUAUGUGGCUUUCUAAGUUUCAGGAAUGGAGCAGUGGUGACCGUCUUACAGCAUUAGACAGACUAAUAGAAAUUUGUGAACCGGCUCAAGUACGGCAUAUGAUGAAUGUUAUAGAACCUCAGUUUCAACGGGACUUUAUAUCUCUUUUGCCUAAAGAGCUGGCUUUGUAUGUUUUGUCCUUUUUGGAACCUAAAGAUUUAUUAAAAGCUGCUCAAACAUGUCGAUAUUGGAGAGUCUUAGCCGAAGAUAAUCUUUUGUGGCGAGAGAAGUGUCGUGAAGAAGGAAUAAACGAUGUACGUGAAGUCCUCAGUAGACGACGUUCUCGAUGCAAUAUUAGUGCCAAUAAUACUGUCAAUUCAAGUCAAAUAAUUCCUAGCCCGUGGAAGGCAGCAUAUAUGCGUCAGCACAAUAUUGAAAUGAAUUGGCGGUGUAAUCCUAUAAAACUGCCUAAAGUUCUCAAAGGUCAUGAUGAUCAUGUGAUUACAUGUCUUCAGUUUUCUGGAAACAGAAUAGUCAGUGGCUCUGAUGAUAAUACUCUUAAAGUGUGGUCUGCAACUACAGGAAAGUGCUUAAGGACAUUGGUAGGUCAUACUGGUGGUGUUUGGUCUUCCCAAAUGUGGCUCAAUAUCAUCAUAAGUGGAUCUACUGAUAGAACAUUAAAAGUAUGGAAUGCUGAUACUGGUCAGUGUAUACACACCUUAUAUGGUCACACCUCCACUGUGCGUUGUAUGCACCUUCACGAAAACAAAGUUGUGAGUGGAUCCAGAGAUGCUACUCUUAGAGUGUGGGAUGUUGAUACUGGAAAAUGCUUGCAUGUUUUAAUAGGCCAUGUUGCAGCUGUAAGAUGUGUUCAGUAUAAUGGUAAAUUAGUAGUUAGCGGGGCUUAUGACUAUAUGGUUAAAGUUUGGAAUCCUGAAAGAGAAGAAUGUAUCCAUACUCUACAAGGCCAUACUAACAGAGUGUAUUCUUUACAGUUUGAUGGUGUUCAUGUGGUUAGUGGAUCUUUGGAUACUUCUAUCCGUGUGUGGGACGUAGAAACAGGAGCUUGUAAGCACACAUUGAUGGGUCAUCAGUCUUUAACCUCAGGAAUGGAAUUGCGGAACAAUACUCUUGUGUCUGGUAAUGCUGACUCUACUGUAAAAGUGUGGGACAUAACAAAUGGCCAGUGUCUUCAAACUUUAGCAGGAGCUAACAAACACCAAAGUGCUGUGACGAGCUUGCAGUUCAACAAUAAAUUUGUUGUCACAUCAUCAGAUGAUGGAACUGUAAAAUUAUGGGACUUAAAAACUGGAGAAUUUUUAAGGAACAUUGUGGCAUUAGAAAGUGGUGGCAGUGGAGGUGUUGUUUGGAGGAUAAGAGCAUCAAGUACUAAAUUAAUAUGUGCGGUGGGAAGCAGAAAUGGAACUGAAGAAACAAAACUCCUUGUUUUAGAUUUUGAAUCAGAUCCUAAAUAAUUAAUGAAGUUGUGCUAAUUUUUAACAAUUAAUGAACUUAUAAAAACUGCCUGCAUAUAUGCAAGAAUGAAGUGAAAUACUCUGGAAGGUGCUACUUGUCACCUUCAUUUUUGCAGAAGAAAUAAGACUUUGUUCAAAGGAAAAAAUUUUUAAUGUGAUUCAGUUUGUUUCAGGUCAUGUGGUCAUGAUCUUCAUAUUUUCCUGCUUUUUCAUCAUUGCAAAGAGAGACCAUUGGACGAAAUUUCAUACAUUUGAUUUAUGACUGAUAUAAAAAAAGUAGCGUAGCCACUAGUUCCCUCGUUUCUGUGCUGCAAUAGUUUUGCUCAUUGUGCUGGACACAGUUGCUUUCUACUUUUUUUUUUGUCAGAAUACUAUUUUGUCCUGCCAUAUUGUAAAUAAAUUGCCUUUAUUUUAUAAAGUUAUUACUUUGUUA